AAAAAAAAAAAAAAAAAAAAAACCUAUAAACACACACACACACACACACAUACAAAUAACAUGACCCGAGGCGUUGCCCGAAAGAAGUUAGUAGUGGUAGGAGAUGGUGGAUGUGGUAAAACCAGUCUAUUGGUGGUGUACCAGAAAAAGGCGUUUCCUCAAAGAUAUGUGCCAACGGUGUUUGAGAAUUAUAUUGCCAACGUAACAUUGGAUACAGGAAAGAUUGUGGAAUUAGCGUUAUGGGAUACAGCCGGACAAGAAGAUUACGAUCGAUUACGACCCUUAUCCUAUCCAGAAACAGACGUCGUUCUCAUUUGCUUUGCUAUCAAUCUUCGUACUUCAUUUACAAACGUUCAAGAUAGAUGGUUACCAGAAGUCACUCAUUUUUGUGAAAAUGUACCUAAAUUAUUAGUCGGCACCAAACUCGACUUUAGACAGAAUCAGGAUGAAAUUAGAAGACUUGGACUAGUAGGACAGAGAUUAAUUACCGAGGAAGAGGGAGAACAAUUGGCAAAGGAAAUAGGCGCUAAAUAUUAUGAAUGUAGUGCUAUGCAGAACAUUCAUGUGGAUGAUGUGAUCGAAGCUGCUACAAAAGCUGCUGUCACGGGUAACAUGAGACGUCUUCACAAAAGACUUUGUACAAUCCUUUAAGAUAUCUAUCUCACUUUAUUAUUAUUAUUAUUAUUCCCUUCUCCUCAACACUCCCCCUCUCCAACAAAAAAAAAAAAAAAAAAAAAAA